AUGAUUGGUUCUGAUUUUAAUGAAGGUGUAAUAGGGGAUACAUCGCCUAUUGUUUCAACAGGCGGAAUAAAAAAUCAACAGCAACCACAACACCAUUAUAAUUUUCAACAUUCGCCAUCUUCUUCGUUUCCUUCAAAUUUUCAUUCACAAGCGUUACAUAAUAUUUCCUCACCAAGCUUCGAAAAUACAGAGACGAAUACUAAUACAAAUAAUAACACCCAUAACAUGAAUAAUAAUUAUCAUAGUAAUAGCAGUGGUAGUUUGGGUAGUUUAACCAAUAGUGAUAAAUUAUCAAGAUCAUUAGAGGAUUCAGUAUUGCCACUUUCAAAUAGUAACAAUAGUAAUAAUACAAGUAACUUUAAUUAUAACAUUAGUAGUAAUAACAUAAAUAAUUAUAAUUUGCCACCAGUUACAACAAACAACAAUAACAGUAACAAUAGUAGUAUGAAUAGUAUGAAUAAUAUCACACAUAAUCCAAUUUUAGAUUCACCAACCAAAACCAAAAGACAUAGUACUUAUGAAACUAAUGUUGGUAAUAAUCAUCAAAGGAGAAAAUCAAUACAGUCUUUAUUGGCCAAUUCAGCUAUUCACUCAUUUUCUAAAUUAAAAAAUAAACCAUUAUCAUCAUCAACUCCAACAACAAAUGUCUAUAACACAAACUCUAGUGGAAAUAAUAGUGGUAAUAAUAGUGGAAAUAAUAGCGGAGCUAAUAGCGGUGUUUUAAAUAGUGCAAAUAGUGGCAUGGGUAUAAUUGGUAUAGAUAAAAGUAUUGAUUUGAACAAUACUAUUAAUACAAUAGUUGAAGAAGGUAGCCCAAAUUUAAGUAGCGAAAACAUUUCACCAAGAAAUAGUAAUAAUAAUGGUAUUAAUAAUAAUGGUGGUAUUAGCCCAAGAAAUAAAAGUAAUCCACCUAGCCCAAAUAAUUUUCAUAUAAACAUUCCAAAGUUACCAAUCAAUAAUGGUGGAAUUAGUCCAAGAAAUUGUAAUACAGUAUCACCAAGAAAUAAUAAUUGUGGAAAUAGUAAUAGUAACAGUAAAAACAAUACACCAAGAGGCAAUAGUGGCUCACCAAAAUCAUCACCUGGAUUAAAAAGUAAUGAUCAUAAUAGAAAUUCAAGUCCGAGAUCAUUAGCAAAUAGCAAAAGUAAUAAUAGUGUACCAAAUAUAAAUAAUAAAGAAAACAUAUCACCAAGAAAUAAUAACCAGAACAAUAGCAACACUAAUAAUGGUAAUAAUUCACCAGUUAGUAAUAGAGCCAAAAAUGGUCAUUGUAUUCAAAUUUUAUCAGAAGAAAUUUUAGGCAAUAAACAAAAUUAUUUGAAUAGAAAAAGAAAGAAUCAAACAUUGCAAUCGAAUGAAACAGCAGGUGGUAAUUCAGUUGAAUUCGAGGGGGCAGGUAGUGGACUGCAUAGUAAUAGUAAACAUAAUAAAAAUAAAGAUUUACUGGAUAACUCAAAUAUGAUGGAGGGUGAGAAUAAUAAUGGCGCUGGUGGUGGUAUUAUUGGUAGCGGAGGCUCUAAUUUAAAUAAUCAAAAAAGUUUAAAAAAGAAUUACUUUAAACCAUUUUCAAAGAAUUGUUCAUUAAUGGGUAUGGGUAGAAGAGCUUGGGCAAUUAUUAUCGGUUUAUUUAUUGUUGGUACAUCGAUUUCCGUAUUGGCUAUAUUGGUUUUAAGAUAUUCAGAAGAGAACACCAUUGCAGACGAUUUUGCUAGAGUUGCAAGAGAUAGAUUUACAAUGUUAAGAAUCGAGUUUACUAAUCGUCUUUAUGUCACUCAAACAUUAUCCCUAUUGUUAUCAGUAUUUCCAUCGACGUCAGAGGAUCAAUUUGUGCCGUUUUCUAAACUAUGGGAGCAUAAUGCUGAAGGUUUAGAGGGUAUAAUGUGGGCCCCAAGAGUAUCAAACUAUGAUAGAUCAACAUGGGAAAUUGAACACUCUGUAAAGAUAAGGGAGGUUACAGGAUCAGAUAAUAAUACCAUCAAAGAUAUACCGGCCGCUAGUGCAGCAGAUUACUAUCCGAUUUUAUUUUCAGAACCACAGGCAACAAACGAUCAUUAUAAAGGUUAUAACAUUAUUUCAGAUGCAUGGAGAAGGGCGGCUUUGAACAAAACUAGGGAUACUGGAGAAAAAGUUUCGGUACCCAGCCCAUUUAUUAAUAAGAAUGCAAAUGCCCCAAAGAACCCUGGAACAAAUAAUGAAUUGCUUUAUAUAUAUCAAGCAGUAUAUACCUAUGGUAAAAUAUUAUCAACAGUAGAGGAUCGGAGAAACGAAAUUAUUGGUUUUGCAAGUUGUAGAUUUUUCAUUAGUAGAAUGGUUUCGGCAAGUUUGAAACGUUUAACUGAAGAGGAUUCAUUAGAUUUAUAUGUUUUCGAUUUACAAAAUACAGCUCAAGAAACAAGUUUAAUUUAUCAUAAAGCGGCUGAUUCUAAAGAUUUCGAUGGCUCCUCAAAUACCACAAUUCGUAAUCCACAAGAAUUAGAAGAGUCCUCAAAUAUGAUUUAUUACAAUACAAUGAAUGUUGGGGGUAGAAAUUGGAUGGUAGCAUUCAAACCAUCAGAAAAGUUUAUUGGUAAACAUUUUACAUUCUAUCCAUAUGCCAUUGGUGGCGUUUGUUUAUUGUUAUCGGGUUUGGUUUCAUUUUGGUUUGCAGUAAAUACAAAACACAAUAUUAAAUUGUCAGCGACCAACGAAGAUCUUCACAAAGAAAUUUAUAAUAGAAAAUUAGCGGAAAGAGCUUUAGCAGAAAGUCAAGAGAGAUUAGAGCUUGCCAUGGAGGGUUCAGAAGAUGCAGUAUGGGAUUGGAAAGUCAAUACUGGUGAGCUUCAUAUUUCAUCAAGAUGGUUCCAAAUAUUAAAGGCUCAAGAUGCUUCGUAUCAAUCCAAAACACUAUAUGAAGAGCUUAAAAGUAGUAGCACAAACAACCUAAACUUCAAUAAGAAUAGUGGAGGAAGUGGUAAUAACACGUUUACUUUAUUUAAAAGCAAUGGUAAAGAUCAAAAAAGUCCAUCAGCCACGACUAAUGGAGUAUGUAGUGGCGGAGAAGGACAAACAUACAAUGACGAAUUAUUUUCACCAAUUAUUUUAGAUGAAAUGAUACCUUCACCAAAUACUCACCAAUUAGCAAUUUGGAAUAUGAAAUAUUUAGCAGAGUUAAUUCAUCCAGAUGAUAAAACAAAAUUUAUUAGCGAAAUAAAGAAAACUAUUACUGGAGAGUCAAGCAUUAUGGAAAUUGAAUGUAGAAUGCGAAAGAAGUAUGGCGGCUAUCUUUAUAUUAUAAUGAGAGGUAAAGUAGUAUCAAACGAAACCUCAUUUAAAGAUAGUUCACUUCGUAUGGCUGGUACCCUUCGUGAUAUGACUUCAAGAAAAGAUAUGCAAAGACUUAUUUUUGAAAAGGAAGCUGCAGAAGAAGCCAAUAAAGCCAAAUCUGCAUUUGUAGCCACUGUUUCCCAUGAAGUUAGGACUCCAUUAUCUGGUGUUAUUGGUGUUAGCGAUCUUUUACUCGAAACCAAUCUUAGUGAAGAGCAACGUGACUAUGUGCAAACCAUUCAAAAGAGUUCUCAGGCCCUUUUAACCAUUAUCAACGAUAUUUUAGACUAUAGCAAGUUGGAAAGCAGACAGUUGAAAAUGGAAACUCUACCAUUCUCUAUUAUCGAAACUUGUCAAGCUGUAAUCCAUAUGCUUUCAGUGGCUGCAAAUGAUGAAGUAGAUAUACUUUUAAGAGUACCUCCAAAUGUGCCUAAAAUUGUGUUUGGGGAUGCAAUGAGAAUAAGACAAGUAUUAUUAAAUCUUUUAUCAAAUGCAAUUAAAUUUACAAGCCGUGGUCAUAUUUUAACAGAUAUCAGUGUCGACGAAUCAGUACCAACAAGCAAUAGCGAAGAGGAUAUCAUUCAUCUAUGCAUUACAAUUGAAGAUACAGGUAUUGGUAUUCCACAAUCAUUAUUUGAUUCAAUUUUUGAACCAUUCUCUCAAGCUGAUAAUUCAACCACUAGAAAAUAUGGAGGUACAGGUUUAGGUUUAUCAAUCACAAAAAGAUUAAUUGAAGAGGUCAUGGGGGGUACAAUUCAGGUAAGCAGUAUAGUUAAUCAAGGAUCUACAUUUAAAUGUAUUAUUCCAUUCCUUUUGCCAAAUACAUCACCAUCAGACUUAAAUUUAAUAUCACCAUCAUCAUUACCAAGACAAUUUAUAACAAGUUCACCAAAAUCAACCUAUUCAUUUAAUGAAAAGAAGAACAGUUUGCCAAGCACACCUAUUCCAACAUGCAGUGAAAUUUUGGUUAAUAAAAUUUGUUUAUUACUUUGCAGAGAUAGUGUAACAGAAAAUGUAUUAAAAGAACAAUUGGAGUGGAUAGGAAUAAAGGUUAAGCAGGUUAAUAGAUCAAUAAUUGAUAAUAUAAAAUUAAAUAAUAAUAACAACAAUUCAAAUAAUAAUAAUAGCAAAGAGAAAGAUAAAGAAAAUCCAUUAAAUUUUGAAAAUGAACAUUUAGACCUUGUAUUGUUAGAUUUAGAAAUACUAACAGAACAAUUGAAAAUAAUACCAAAUGUACCAAUGAUUUUAAUUACACCAACUAAAUUUAAUAUAUCAAGGCAUAAUGGCGUUUUAAAUAAAUGGAGAGAAAAUUCACCAGAUCAACGUAUCGAAUUAAUUAGAAGACCAGCAAUGACAGAUAAACUAUUACCCGUAUUAAAUAAAUGUAUUAAAGCUCAAAUUCACUUUACAUCUGGUUCAUCUCAUUUACAAUCACAACAAGCAUAUCAACAAUCUCAACCUUCACAUCUAUAUAGCAGCGGUCAUUUAACACAAACUCCCUUAUCAUCUGGUUUGGUUUUAUUGGUGCACACUGGUAAAACUCCUCCACUUUAUGGUAAUAAUGGCAACCCUGUAAUACCACCUUUAGAACUAGCUGUCGACUAUCAAACCUAUCAAGCUCAACAACAACUUCGUUCUAACCCAAUACCGCCAUUACAUCAUAACAGUAAUCAAAACUUUACACCUAUGCUGCUUAAUGAAUCUACACCCUCAAAUAAUUUAAAUUUAACUCCAACUUUACUCACAUCAAGUCCAUUAGAUUUACAAGCUAGAGACACACCAAUUUAUAAAAAGAAAGCACUCAUUGUAGAAGAUAAUGAAUUAAAUAGAAAGGUUUUGGCUCAGUUAUUCAAAAAAAUAGAUUGGAAUACUACAUUCUCAGAGAAUGGUAAAGAAGCACUCAAAGAAAUUACAGGAGAAAGAUGUUUUGAUAUUGUAUUUAUGGAUUGUCAAAUGCCAGUUUUAGAUGGAUUCCAAACUACAAGAAUUAUUAGAUCAAAAGAAAGAGAAAACAACUGGAAGAGAAUGAAUAUUGUUGCCUUGUCUGCUGGUUCAUCAUCAUCAUUUGUUCAAGAUUGUUUAGAUAGUGGAAUGGAUGACUUUAUGGGUAAACCAAUCACACUAUUAAGUCUAAAAGAGGCUUUAAAUAAGUGGGGAGGCUAUAAUAAUUAA